GUCACCUGGGAUCAGUAUUCGCUGAAGAUCAAUGGUGAAAGGCAAUUUAUCUUUUCAGGAGAGUUCCACUACUAUCGCCUACCAUCGCCAGGUCUUUGGGAUGACAUUUUUGAAAAAUUCAAGGCUCUAGGUUUCAACACUGCCUCCAUCUAUUUUUAUUGGGGAUACCAUUCUCCAAAGCAAGGAGUGUAUGACUUUGAAGGUGUUAGGGACCUUUCAAGACUUUUGGAAACUGCGAAGAAGUACGGCAUCAAUGUAAUCUCUCGAGCAGGUCCUUAUAUCAACGCUGAGGUUUCAGAAGGUGGAUAUCCGGGGUGGCUAACAACGAUGAAAAGCAAAGCAAGAGUAGGAAAUCCUGAAUAUGAAACGGCAUGGAAGGAAUGGCUAACAGAAGUAGACAAGUAUCUUGUACCUAAUCAAAUCGACAAAGGCGGUGCCAUCAUCCUCAAUCAAAUAGAAAACGAAUACGCUUAUGGUAUAGACCCCUCUUACAUGCAAGCUAUUGCAGACAAAUUCAGAGAGGAUGGUAUGACUGUACCCUCCACAUUCAAUGAUCCUUGGCCCGGUGACCAUUUUGCUCGUGGCGAAGGAUCCGUUGAUAUCUAUGGAUGGGAUGGGUACCCAGUUCAAUUUGACUGCAGAAACCCUGAUAUAUGGCCAGUCAACGCUAGUACAUAUUAUCGAGAAUUUCAUGCUAAUGUGAACCCGACUCAACCAAUGGCGCUUUACGAAUUCCAAGGAGGAGCAUUUGAUCCCUGGGGUGGGCCAGGAUAUGACAAUUGCCGAAAGUUAGUAAAUGAACAAUUUGCGAAAGUGUUCUACAAGAACAACUACGCUCAAGGCGCAACUAUUCAGAAUCUGUAUAUGGCUUAUGGAGGUACAAGCUGGGGAGAGAGCCCUACAUCAUCCGUUUAUACUAGCUAUGACUACGGAGCACCAAUAUCAGAAGCUCGUCUGAUGACUCCAAAGGCAUAUGAGAUUAAGCUACAAGCAACUUUCCUGCGCGAUGUCAAACCGUUUUUGACUACAACCAAUAUCACGGCUGAAGUAGACAACUUUGCCAUUCGAGUGGACGGGCUGAGAGACGUCAGCGGAGCAACCACUUUUUAUAUCGUUCAACACCAAGUCACUAACACCACAAACGCUGAUAAUUUUCAUAUUAAGCUCAAUACGGCGGAUGGUGAAUUUGCCAUACCUCGCAAACUUGACACUCAUAUCACCUUGAACGGACGGGAUGCGAAGAUACUUACCGCUAGCUAUGACUUUGGUUCGCAACACUUGCUUUAUUCAACCAGCGAAAUAUUCACCCACAUCAAGCAAGAUUCCCGUGAUGUGAUUCUUGUAUAUGCUUAUGAAGGCGAACACGGCGAAUUUGCUAUUACUUCGGUAUCCGGCGACAUCCAAGCAUAUGGAGUGGAUGCAAAUGUUUCUAACUCGUUCGAUCAUAAUGUGCUACAAGUCAACUACAUUCAUCCUGAAGGUAGCACUUAUAUUUCUACCACUCCUUCGGAAGACGGAAGCGAAAUGCUAUUGAUUGUAUCAGGAUAUAGUAGUGCAUUAAGAUGGUGGGCACCCCAAAGCUCCGGAGGUGAAACGGUUCUUGUAUCUGGACCGUACCUUGUUCGCAGCGCUGAAAUUGAAGGAAGUCAAUUGGUAUUAAUGGGCGAUACUGAUGUUACUACCGACAUUGAGAUCAUUGUUUCAGAAGUGAUCAGUGAGGUUACCUGGAAUGGAAUCCAUGUAGUGGUUACGCCUACACAGUACGGCACCCUAACUGGUCAGCUUCCUGGGCCAGAACAAGAUGUAGAAAUCCCUGACUUGGCGCAAGCAACAUGGAAGUACAGCCCUGCCUCGCCUGAAACAGCCAACGACUUUAAUGACACAAACUGGGUUCCUGCCGAUCACCAAGCGACUAAUAACCCACGGCAACCAAUGAACCUUCCCGUACUUUAUGCAGAUGACUAUGGUUAUCACACUGGGAGCCUAUGGUUUCGCGGUAAAUUCAACGCCACAUCAGACAUAACUGGGUUGAAAGUCAAUGCCACAAUGGGACCUGGAUCUGCGUGGAUUGCUUGGCUAAAUGGGGAUUAUCUCGGUGGAAUGACAAACCAUUUUUACGAAUUUCAAUUGAAUGAUACAGUUCUUCGCCAAGCAGAGGAGAAUGUUAUUUUGCUUCUAUUGUGGACUACUGGUCAUCAAGAAGAUUUUGUUACAAACGACGAAUAUAAACAGCCAAGAGGUUUUUCUGAUGUGAGCUUACUUGGAAGUCAGACUACUGAAAUAACCUGGAAGAUCCAAGGCAACAGUGGUGGGCAAGAUAUUGCUGACACCGUCCGUGGUGCAUUAAAUGAAGGUGGUCUAUAUGGUGAGCGCAUGGGAUGGCACCUACCAGAGUAUCCUGAUGAGACUUGGGGGGACGCAACUGUUCCAGACACUAAAGCAAAACCUGGUGUUUCGUGGUAUCGCACUACAUUUGAGCUCGAUUUUCCCAAGAAUUACGAUGUUCCAAUGGGUAUCCAAUUCAGUGAUACCAAAACUGAGCGCUAUCGAGCACUGCUUUUUAUCAAUGGUUGGCAACUUGGAAAAUAUGCUAACGACUUGGGGCCACAAACACUGUUCUAUCUCCCUGAAGGUCUUUUGAACCAUAAUGGCAAAAAUUCAAUUGCUAUUGGUGUCAUUGCA